CACGUCUUAACCGAGUCGUUGAUGAAAUCCACUCCUCUGCUGUUGUUGUCGGCUCAUCACCCAUCGGAAAACCCCAACCAGUUUUCCAUUGCCUUCGCCGGGGUCUGGCCAUCCAUCUCCAACUAAAUCUGCUGGCGAUUUGCCCUAGGACGAACGGGAGGCAAAAAAAAGGUGUGAAGGGAACCAAGGGCCCUGGGAGUUGUCGGCACUGCUCGCCGAGCCUUCCCUUUGGGGGACACUUGAAACCUUAAUACUGGAAUUAGGUAGGUAGACGCUGCCCUGCUGUAUCCGCUUUGUUGGUGCAAAGAUCAGGUUAGCGAGGACCGACUCACGCACUACAAAGUACUUUUUACUUGUACUUUACACUACAGGGCAGCACACUGAAGCAAGCAAGCACGAGUGAGUGACCGGGAGUGAGUGUGGGUGGACUCCCUCCAAUCUGCAAGUACCUCUACCUCUACCAAAACAGUCCCUCUCUCUCCCUCUCCUCCUCCCACCCGGGAACCCACUUCACAGGCAAAAGCUUUGAUCUGCUGAGAACCCUUGGGCCUGCCUCCUCUUGCUACUACUUAAUAAUAACCUGAACCUCUGCCCAACUCCCACCCUUUUCCCUUCCCUUUCCUUCAGCCCACUUGACCUAGGUCAUCAUCUCCCUCCCGACUCUUCCCAACUCGUUGUUCUCCAGCAACGACAGAGCGGGUCCACCUUUUCGACACCAUAGCUCACUCACUCAGUUUGUCGUCGACUUCAUCCCUCGACAACAACAACAACAACAUCGACACCAUGGCGUCGACUUCGGCCACGGAUAUUCCUGCUGAGGUUCAGGCUGUGAAUGUCCCUGAUGGCACCACCGAUUUCAUCCCCCUCAGAGGCAAGAAGUAUGACCUCAAGAAGCCUCACAUUACCGAGCUGCCCAUCACCUGGGGCAACUGGUACAAGCACGUCAACUGGUUGAACACCACCUUCAUCAUCUUCGUGCCUCUCGCCGGUCUCAUCUCUGCCUACUGGAUCCCCGCUCAGACCAAGACCAUCCUCUUCUCUAUCGCCUACUACUACUUCGCCGGUCUCGGUAUCACUGCCGGUUACCACCGACUUUGGGCCCACACCUCUUACAAGGCCACCCUCCCCCUCAAGAUCUGGCUCGCCGCUGGUGGUGCUGCUGCCGUCGAGGGUUCCGCCCGCUGGUGGUCCAGGGACCACCGUGCUCACCACAGAUACACCGAUACCGACAAGGACCCCUACUCGGUCCGCAAGGGUCUCCUCUACUCCCACAUCGGCUGGAUGGUCAUGAAGCAGAACCCCAAGAGAAUCGGCCGUACCGACAUCACCGAUCUCAACGAGGACCCCGUCGUCGUUUGGCAGCACAAGCACUACAUCAAGUGCGUCAUCGUCAUGGCUCUCAUCGUCCCUACCCUUAUUUGCGGUCUCGGCUGGGGUGACUAUGCUGGUGGCUUCAUCUACGGCGGUAUCCUCCGUAUCUUCUUCAUCCAGCAGGCUACCUUCUGCGUCAACUCUCUUGCCCACUGGCUCGGCGACCAGCCCUUCGACGACCGCAACUCACCGAGAGAUCACGUCAUCACUGCCCUCGUCACCCUUGGUGAGGGUUACCACAACUUCCACCACGAGUUCCCCAGCGAUUUCCGUAACGCUAUUGAGUGGUGGCAAUAUGACCCCACCAAGUGGUGCAUCUGGGUCUGGAAGCAGCUCGGUCUCGCCUACGACCUCAAGAAGUUCCCCCACAACGAGAUCGAGAAGGGCCGUCUCCAGCAGCAGCAGAAGAAGCUCGACCAGAAGCGUGCCACCCUUGACUGGGGUAUUCCCCUUGAGAACCUCCCCGUUGUCAGCUGGGACGACUUUGUCCAGGAGUCCAAGAACGGCAAGGCCUGGAUCGCUGUCGCUGGUGUCAUCCACGAUGUCGGCAAGUUCAUUCAGGACCACCCUGGUGGCAAGGCUCUUAUCAACUCGGCUAUUGGCAAGGACGCUACCGCCAUCUUCAACGGUGGUGUCUACAACCACUCCAACGCUGCCCACAACCUUCUCUCCACCAUGCGCGUCGGUGUCAUCCGCGGCGGCUGCGAGGUUGAGAUCUGGAAGCGUGCCCAGGCCGAGAACAAGGAUAUUGCCACUGUUACCGACUCUUCUGGCAAGAAGAUCGUUAGAGCUGGCCUUCAACCUACUCGUGUCACCCCACCCGUCACCACGGCUGAUGCGGCAUGAGUGGAGUUAGAAGAAUGACGGGGUUUCACGGAGUCUUCCGGAUUAUGGAAGGCUUCAAGGGACAGGGGAAAAAAUUGCAUGGGAAGCCGUGGCUCUAGCCGUAGAUAGCGCGCAAUGACCACGGAGUAGUACAGUAAGAGAGGAGCAAGACGGAAACGUGAUCAACACCUGCACCUCCGCUUUUUUCGCUGUACAUACACUUCCCGACUUCGGUCUUCACGGCGUUUUGGGGAGAUUUGGGAUUUUGGUCUGCAUGGAAAAUAGUCUGCUUUUUGCACGCGUAUGAAGACAACAUGGUAUGGUUUGAAAAGGCGGACACUUGAGGGUUUACAGGUGACGGAGAUACCAACAGAUUAGAUUGCGACUUUGUGUGGGCUGGCUAGUCUUAUGGCAAUAGCAUCAUACAUUCGUUAUGCAAGGCAUUUGAAACAUUCAUAUAUGUACCUUUCAUGGCAAUAGUUGGUUCGCAUGAUGAGAUAUUCAUUCCCAUGAUCCAUUUCCGCUGAACCCGAUGAAAACUCCAUACGGCAAGGUUGAGAAUCCACAUGAUCGCUUACCGUGGUGGAACUCGGGAGUUCGAUUACGCCCCUUGACAUGAGCGGAGCAGCUAACGUUGUCGAGUGGAUGAAGCCAAACUACGCAUCGGGAUGCUCGGUCAUUACAAGAAUCAUAAAACAUAUCAAAGGAUUUCUUACAAGCUCACUGGUUGAUAAUCACCCGGCACCAGUCUUAAUAGUGUAGUCCUAUUUUUGUUCAGUUUUCGACCGAGCAAUGGUACGCUUGAGACAUCCCACACUUACUCGGCAUCAGUAGGUAAGGUACACUACUUACGGACUUACGGUACUCUCCAGGAUCUUGCCCUGGUACUCAACAUCUUGCUGGAGAGAAAGAUAAAU